AUGUCCGCCACCACAGCCUACCAGCCCUCGCCCGUCACACCCAACAACGCCCUUAUUGCCGCACCCAGCUCAAGCAACAACACAUCCCCACUUAUCCCCUCGCUCAAUACGGCCGCUGCACACUCAGUGUAUCCCAUGGUCUCCCAAUCUGGUGCGCCCGGCAACUCCUCUGGCAAUUUUGCCACCGGCAACAAUGGCUCUUCGCAGCCUUCGCAAGGAUCGUCGCUCCCUCCCAUGGUUGUUACCGAGCCGGGCAUCGCGGCUACCACCUUCUACGGGGCGCCAGCUGCUCGCCCGUAUCCCACUCAGACGGCCAUGUACCCCCAGCCGCAGGCUCAUGCCUACCACCACCAGUCAAACCAAGGUCAGCAUCAGUCCCAGUACACUGUCCAGACAAACAACGGCCCGCAUCAAGCAUACAAUGACAGCCAGUACGCCUCGCCGACUUAUACCUCCUCCACAGCCGGAUACCCUCAGCCGACCACCCCCGUACACCCUUCCUACGCUGCUGGCUACGGCCAUGGUCGUUCCGACAGCAUGGGGUCGUGGCACGCCCCCUCUGAAACCUACGAUUACGUUCGCCACACCAGCAUUUCCAGUAGUGCAGAGGGUGGGCGUGCUAGCGGCAAGGGCGAGCCUUUCCUGAUGGCCGACGAGGAGGAGCUCCCACGUCCGGCUCCCUCGUACGCAGCACUCAUUGGUGAGGCUCUAUUGCUUGCGGACCCUCCGCACCAGCUAUAUGUUUCGGAAAUUUCCGACUCCAUCAAGGCUCGGUACCCUUUCUACCGCCAGUUCCCAUCGAAGAUUUACAAUGGCGUCCGACACCAAACAUCGAUGUGCAAAGCCUUUGUCAAAAUCCCCCGUCCCUUUGGGGACCAGUCGGGGGGUGCUCGGAAGUGGGCCAUCCGCGCCGGCUGUCAGACCUGGUUCCGCGACGGUGACUACCACCCACCCAUCUCGCCGCCCUCCACGACGCACAACAAGAACCGUGGUGGUAAGAAACGCUCGACGGGCAACAGCAAGCAGCUCGCCAUCGGACACGACGCCCUGAGCCCCAAUCUGUCGUCUGUCAACGGGCCGUCGGAUGGCCCCCCCUGGGACCCCGUCCGUCACCCCCUGCCUUGGCUGGCACGCUUCCGCGCCAGCCGCCUCGGACCUCAGCAGCAGGUGCAAGAGCAGCAGCUUAUUCCUCGCGCGCAACCUGCUCCGCCUCAGACCAAUUAUGGUCUGAUUCCCUCCCAGUACGCCCAGCAGCCUUCGGCUUACGCAAUGACGCCCACGUACACGCACCAGCAGCAGUACUACGGUGGCGGCAGCGGCGACUGGGGUGCGUACCAGCAUUCUGCCGCACACUACUAUGCUUCCCCGAGCGAGCACGGUGGCAACUGGCGCCCGCCAUCCUCAAACUUCAAUAUCAACGAGGCCCCGUUUCCUCGCUCUCGCCCCGCCAUGCUGAACUCGGACGAAGCUACGCGCGAAGACGCCCACCCACACUCACGAGGUCACCUGUCGCCUCACCCUGAGGGCGAGUAUCAAUUUAACGACGGUCAGUAUCCCAAGCGCGAGACGAGCACCCCUCUUUCGUCGCCGCCUCCUGGGGCCGACACGAGCGACGCUUGA